CUGCGCAGGGCACGGGUGGGUGAUUACUCUUCUUCUCAAUGUUUUCAAUGCAAUGGCUUUAAAAUCCUGCUUGUCUUUAGAGGGCUUUUUUCCUCUUUGCCUGCCUCUCUCUCCAAACAAGGGUAUGUUUGUGCUCCUAAAGUGGCUGCUGUGAUUAGUGCUGUAAUCUUCGCAUCAGCUUUUACAUUUCAAACCAGAGAGGGAAAUUAAUUCAAUUCUACUAUCCGCUCCUUUCAUACAUUUUCUCCAAACACCAUUUGCUCAGCAAGCAAGUGAAUCGGGAAAAGUCAUAACUUUGCUCUCAUCUUAAGGGUGAUCAAAUCCCUGAAUUUCUACAAAUCCUGUGGAGAAUAGAAGUUCCUGCCAGACGGGGCGACCCGAGGAGCUGGAGCACUGCAUUUGGGAGGAGGAGGAGGAGGAGGCACGGACCGGCCGGCUCAGCUCUAACUCGGCCGUGUUGGUGAAGACACUGAUGCUCCGAGGCCGCAUCCAGCAGGAACCGCGCUGCAGUUUGCUCGUGCGAGUCCACGUGGCUGUGGGUUUGCCGUCGAGGGGAGCACACGCGUGACUUCACCUACGCCGGCUGGAGCCCUCCAACGUUUACAGCUUUAGUGAGCUGGACCUUUUUUUCCCCGCUGCUCUCCAUCUAAAUACUUUGUUUUGUACAAGUCCAGUUGAGGUGCGCUGCUUUGCAUGUGUUUAUAUGUUGUUUUUUAAGAACUGUCCUCCUUAUUCGUUGCAAAACGAAGCCCGCUGGCAAGCGGGAAGCUGCUACAGAUGUUUCCAUGAGAAGGUUGCAGCUCUUCUUUCUGGUUAAGCUCCGCAGACACGUAUCUAAUUACAGCUUUGUGGCCGGCAUGAGGUUAUAGAGGGAGGAAAGUGCGUGCUGAAAAUCAGUUUAAAUGAUUUGAGGGCAGUGACUUAGUGCCCGGGUGUGCUGCUCCGCACCGAGACAGGACGCAAAAUGCUGGCGGCGCGCACAGGGACCGUGGGGAAUAAGAAUGCCGAGGAAACCCUGAAGCUGAGGAAGCAGUCGGUGCUUUCCCUGGGGAGCAGGGAGAGAGCCCUGAAGAGCUCCUCGGAAAGCGGGAAGGAGGGACGAGCCCGGCCCAGCCAGCCGCAGCAGCGUGCCCGGCGGCUGGCUCUGCUGCGGGAGCUGGAGAUGAACUGGUACCUGCGGGUCUGCGAGCUCUCCCACGAGUACACCAUCGCCUACACCACCGGGAUGCCCCACAGGAACCUUGGAAAAUCCGGACUGAGAGUCUCGUGCCUCGGGCUGGGGACAUGGGUCACUUUUGGAGGUCAAAUCUCAGAUGAGGUGGCUGAGCAGCUGAUGACCAUCGCCUACGAGAGCGGCGUCAACCUGUUCGACACGGCCGAGGUGUACGCGGCCGGCAAGGCUGAAGUCAUCCUGGGGAACAUCCUGAAGAAGAAGGGCUGGAGGAGGUCCAGUCUGGUCAUAACAACAAAACUGUACUGGGGUGGAAAAGCUGAAACAGAAAGAGGGCUUUCGAGAAAACACAUCAUUGAAGGGCUAAAGGCUUCUCUCCAGAGGCUGCAGCUGGAGUACGUGGAUGUCGUCUUCGCCAACCGGCCAGACAAUAAUACGCCCAUGGAAGAAAUUGUCCGAGCGAUGACACAUGUAAUAAAUCAAGGCAUGGCGAUGUACUGGGGAACAUCGCGCUGGAGCGCUAUGGAGAUCAUGGAAGCCUACUCCGUAGCCAGGCAGUUUAACAUGAUACCGCCCGUGUGUGAGCAAGCUGAAUACCAUCUCUUCCAAAGAGAGAAAGUGGAGGUUCAGCUGCCGGAAUUAUAUCACAAAAUCGGGGUCGGAGCAAUGACAUGGUCUCCGCUAGCCUGUGGGAUCAUCUCGGGGAAAUACGGCAACGGGGUCCCUGAAAGCUCAAGGGCUGCACUAAAGUGCUACCAGUGGCUGAAAGAGAAAAUCAUAAGCGAGGAGGGCAGAAAGCAGCAGGUGAAGCUGAAGGACCUGUCGCCCAUCGCCGAGCGCCUGGGGUGCACGCUGCCUCAGCUGGCCGUCGCAUGGUGCCUGAGAAACGAGGGGGUGAGCUCCGUUCUUCUAGGAUCUUCCAACCCAGAGCAGCUGAUAGAGAACCUGGGAGCCAUACAGGUCCUUCCAAAGAUGACAUCCCACAUUGUAAACGAAAUAGAUAAUAUUCUGGGAAAUAAGCCCUACAGCAAGAAGGACUACAGAUCAUAAUGCAAUGCAUGAAUUCCCUGGACUGCAUGGUUUUAAAAGUGCUCUGUACAGAAGUACAGCCCCGAAUUAAUAUCCGGUCAUGAGAAUCAUUCAGCAGCUUGCUGCUCGGUGUCUACUGUCACUGGAUCCUUCGAGAUGUGUGCUGUUGCUACUAAUCUGCAGUGAAAUUUAAAAGCACAGUUGAUCUCUCUUCUAACCAAGAAUAACCUUGUAUUUUCUUACCUUCGACUGAAUUCAUUAAUUUUUACUUUACUCUUAGCACCUCAUGCUUGUGCUGUGAAAAAACACUUGUAAAGCAAAAAAUAAUUUAUAACCUUCAGGUACUUGGUAAUUAAAGAAGGAUGUACAGAUCUAUUUUUUCAAUGAAGAAAAGCCAGAUACAACUUAAGGUUUUAAUAAAACCACAUUUGGGAAAUCUCAACUAUAAAGUUUCUUCAGGUUAACAGAUAGAAGGGGCAAGCUCAAAUUUUCCAUUUUCUUUUUUAUGCUGAAUAUAUGCUUUAGAUUUCAUUUGUAGUUGAAUAAGGGAUGUAAGACAGAGAAUUAGUUAGAAAUUAGGUAGCUCAACUCCUAACUAUACAAUUAUUUCAGCUGUGGAGCG